AUGGGGUUGGCAAGUGUGGUGCGCGAAGAAGAGCUUCGGAUGUACCACGCAAAUGGAAUAAUGACGUCGGCUCCGAUUCGGACGCAGCAAGAGUGCGAGUGCCGCGAGUGGGUUAUUUAUGCAAACCGCAUAAGUCUAUUUCCAUACGCGCGCUUGACGUCGGACAAACACACAGGAUGGACAUCUGACGGAACUCUGCAUGGACGAUUUGAUUCUCAACGGCUCAUUCGUGGCGGCCGCGCUAAUUAA